UUUUAUUGUUGUGCUACUUUUACAAAGAUUUAAUUAAAAAAGAGAUGUUUAAUAGUUAUAAUCGUCGCAAGAAACAUGACACAGUUUUUCUAAAUGUAAAGCCGACUUUUAACGGUCAGAAUAGCGGACUGCGAAAAUAUUCCACUGGCCUACUAGAUAAAGAGGAUAUCCCAUAUUAUAAUACCAACAGCAGUCAAGGGAGUCGAGCAUCAGUCGGAACUAUAACUACAUUGAAUGAAAACUUUCGACCAAAUGUUUUCUACAACAACAUUGCACCAAUUCAAUGGUUUUUGCAUAUAAUUGGGGUUUUACCCAUAACGCGACGAGCGGCCGGUAAAGCUAAAUUUCGCCUAAACUCGAUAGCUUUUGGUUAUUCACUCGUAUUCUUCGUUCUUUUAAUCUAUGUUUUUUAUGUGGCCAAAAAUCGCAUAAAAAUUGUGACAUCAUUGAGUGGACCAUUCGAAGAAGCUGUUAUUGCUUACCUGUUUCUUGUAAAUAUUUUACCACUAUUAAUGGUUCCAAUAUUAUGGUGGGAAGCACGUAAAAUCGCAAAACUAUGGAACGACUGGGAUGAAUUUGAGAUUUUGUAUUAUCAAAUAUCGGGCCAUAGUGUGCCUUUGAAUCUAUUUCGGAAAACCACUAUGAUUGCGGUGGUUUUGCCGGUAUUAUCUAUUUUGUCGGUAGUCAUAACCCAUAUAACAAUGGCGGACUUUCAGUUCAUUCAAGUAAUUCCCUACUGCAUCUUAGACAACUUGACUGCCAUGUUGGGUGCCUGGUGGUUUAUAAUUUGUGAAAGCCUCAGUAUGACUGCAAAUAUUCUAGGUGAACGUUUUCAAAGGGCUUUACGUCACAUCGGCCCCGCCGCAAUGGUCGCCGAUUAUCGCGCCCUAUGGUUACGCCUGAGCAAGUUGACACGUGAUAUCGGAAAUGCCACCUGUUAUACCUUCACUUUUCUCAACCUAUAUCUCUUCUUCAUUAUCACACUUUCGGUUUAUGGUCUAAUGUCUCAGCUUUCUGAAGGUUUCGGUAUUAAGGACAUCGGUUUGGCCAUAACAGCCAUCUGGAAUGUAUUCCUGCUUUUCUACAUUUGCGAUAAGGCCCAUUAUGCCUCCUUCAAUGUGCGUACGAAUUUUCAGAAAAAGUUACUAAUGGUUGAAUUGAAUUGGAUGAACUCUGAUGCGCAAACAGAGAUAAAUAUGUUUAUACGCGCUACGGAAAUGAAUCCGUCAAACAUUAACUGUGGCGGAUUUUUCGAUGUAAAUAGGAACCUCUUCAAAGGAUUGCUCACUACAAUGGUCACUUAUCUCGUUGUGUUACUGCAGUUCCAGAUCAGCAUACCCAGUGACUCCGGUAAGCAAAUGAACGUUUCAAUAGCUGAGCUAGUCACUGAUAUGUUCGUGGAGACUACAGAGUUGACUAGUACUAGUACGACACCAACAAUAAAAACUACAACGACUAAAAUGCCACCAGCACGGGGUAGGAAAGGGUAA